UGCAGAUGGAACAAAUAAGUAUAUUUCCAUACAGCGCGGAGGAAAGAAAAAUAGUGCUAAAAGAAAUCGGUUUUACUGAAAGCGGUAUAAAAGAAGAUGUCGAGGCAAUCAUGGACUGGUUCCAGAGACAACCGCACCUGGUUGACGCAGGAUUAGAUUCUGAAGUUAUAGUCAAGAUGCUUAUAAUGGCCAAAGGAUCUCGAGAGAAAGUCAAAAGUAAAAUAGAUAAUUUUUACAAAUACAGAGGGAUGUCUCCGGAUUUGAUUCAUAGCAGAAUAGAAGUGUUGACUGGACAUCAAGAUUUGUUUACCUUUUAUCGUCAAGCCAUUUCAACAAAAUUAUACGAAGGAAAGAGAAUCACUACAUUAAAGUUCGUUGACCCUAAUUCUAACUCUUUCAGAAUUGAAGAGAUCUUUAGAAACUCUUAUAUGGUUGGUGACUUAAGAGUGAAUUACGACUACAUGCUCGGUGAAAUAUGGCUCCUGGACCUCAAGAAUAUUACUCUAGGCCAUUUCUUGAGAAUCAACCCCAUGGUGGUGCAGAGGGCUUCGCAAAUGUUUCAAGAAGGAUCCGGGUUCAGAGUAUUUAGCGUCCAUGUAAUAAAUGUUCCUUCAAUCGGACGACAGAUAUAUAAUUUGUUUAAGCAAUUUAUAAAACCAAAGUUAAUGGAAAGACUGGUGGUACACGAAACUUUAGAGGAACUACAUAAAGUUUUGCCAAAGAUGUAUUUGCCUAAGGACUAUGAAGGAGAAGAUUACAGUAUGGAUGAAUUUAAAGACUUAUAUCAAAGGGAGUUUCGAAGCGGAACAACCCUGCAGUGCUUGUUGGAUGGUUGUAAGAAGGUAUCCGACGAGAAGAAGAGACCUAGUGUUAAUACGAACGAGGAAUUAGCGGGAACAUUCAAGAAAUUAAAUCUAGAUUAA